AUGACUAACAGCAAAGCUUCACAGGAGCUGCAGCAAGAGCGGCGGCGACAAGAGCAGGAGCAGCAGGAGGAGCAGCAGAAAUCGUCAAAGGAGGAUAGAAAGAAAGAUCCAAAGAAGGUCCCAAAGAAGGACCCGAAGAAGGAGCAAAACCAAGAACCAAACCACGAGCCAAACGGAGGACCAAGCACAGAGCCAAACGAAGAGCAAAAAAUGAAGAACAAGAUCAAAAAGAAGCCCAAAAGCAUAACCAUCGUCGAGUAUGAAAUCAGCUGCGAUGAAAUGGGAAUUACCAUCCCCCGGAAGCCCUACCUUCCCCGUCUAACAUACGGAGCCGUCAUGGACGACCUAGGCAUAAACUGCAUCCGCGAGCUGAGCCAGGCCGCAGCGAGGCUCCAGCGCACGGGCGAGGAGGACGGCAUCUAUGUCGAGAUCGACCCUGACGAGUGGGUCGAGCUCGACACCGCCGGGAACGACGUGGAGCGGGAAGACGAGGCCGAUCCGGACGAGGAGGAGUAUGUCCUCUUGUAG